AUGGUGAUGGACAGCCAGCCAACAUCAGUACGGUCCUCCAUGCUGAUGGACAACCAGCAAGCGCUAGCACGGGGUGUCGUGGUGAUGGACAGCGAGGAGCUGUCGUGGUUCUUGUCAGCAUACGCCAUGGGGGCGCUGUUGGGGGCGCUGGGGAGUGGCAUCCUCAUGGACGCCGCGGGACGGAGGGGGGCGUUGCUGGCUGCCGCAGUGCCGGCCCUGCUGGGAGGGCUCAUGACAGGCCGAGGGACCAACGUAUCCAUGCUGGCGCUGGGCAGGGGAAUAACAGGAUUGUUUAUCGGCUUGAGCUCAGCGGCUGGCUGCGCCUACGUUGGUGAAAUUGCUUCCAGAGACAUCAGAGGAAAGCUUGGAAGUUUCUACGAGCUCGCUCGGGCCAUUGGCGUCUUGCUGGGCAUGUUGGCGGGGGAGUUCACGACGUGGCAGCAUUUGGCCCUGAUCUGCACCAGCCCCACUCUGCUGUACGCCGCCCUCGUCUACUGCUGCAAGGAGUCGCCGGCUUACCUCCUAUUGAAGGGCAGAGAGACUGAAGCUAGGGCAGCUCUUCAGCAUUUCAGAGGUGCUGAUUACUGCAUCGAUCAUGAAAUUAGAGCUGUACAAGAGUCCCAAAAGGAGGCCAAAAAGACUACAUUAAAGCUGGCUGACCUUAAAAAGGCCCACAUUUACAAACCCAUUAUCAUCACGCUCACGAUCGGCGCCUUCACCUCGCUCUGCGGCAUCGGAGUCCUCACUGCAAAUCUCAGCACUAUUUUCAAGAACUCACAUGCUUCUCAAAUGCAAGUAACUGCCCUGCGCAUGCGCGGCAGCGAAGACUGCCGCGCUGCGCAGUGCGCAUGCGCCGGACAGUCUACGCUCUAG